AUGGGCCUUGUUAUUCUUGUCACCGGCGCUAAUCGAGGCAUCGGAAGAGGUCUCGUGGCACAUUAUCUUGCUCAGCCCGACACGACUGUCUUGGGUGCUGUUCGGGAUGCUUCCAGUUUGAAUGCGACGGAGCUCGACGAACUACCGAAAGGCGAAGGCUCCCGCCUGAUCGUCGUGUCGCUGAGUGCGAACAACCCUAUGGAUGCGACAGAAGCUAUAUUGGAAAUCCAGAUGCAGCAUCUCAUUGGGCAUAUUGAUAUUGCCGUUGCUAAUGCCGGUAUUUGCGAUCACUACGGACCGGUAGAAGAAAUGACCGACUCCGACGUGCUGUCUCACUUUGAAGUGAAUACAUUGGGACCGCUUAGACUGUUCCGAGCCAUUUCACCGCUGCUACGGAAAGCCAGCGUUCCCAAGUUUGCUUAUAUCUCUACGGCCCUGGCGAGCAUUCAUAUGAUCGAACAGAUUCCCUCGUUGACCGCGGCUUAUGGGAUGUCGAAAGUGGCUGGAAACUAUCUGGUAAAAAAGAUAGAUGCGGAGAACAAGGAGUUUAUCGCUUUGUUAAUUGAUCCGGGAAUGGUACAAACGGACAUGGGCAGUCGUGCGGCGCAAGCCAAUGGGCUGGAGAAGGCCCCGGUUACCCUCAAGGAAACCGUUCAGGGGAUCACCUAUCAGAUUGAGGUAGCAACGAAGUCCACCACGUCUGGUCAAUUUGUUAAUUAUAAAGGGGAGAAGGUCUGUUGGUAA